AUCACCAUCACUACGAUUGACCCGUCUUUCUCGUCAGCUCCCGCCGUCGUCAUUGGCAGCAUACACGAUCUCCUCGGCCUUCUCAUGAGCAAGUGAGAGAUAUCUCAGCCUCACUGCGACGAUUGGGCGCAGCUUCGUCGUACUCCUCACCACGCUGCCGAUACGAUGGUAGCUGGACCCUUCACCCCCGGGUCACCGCCGACGGCCACGCCUCUUCGUCAUCCUCGAGGAUACGGCCAUCGCGUCCUGAUCGCUUCUCUCUUCCUGCCUGACACGAUUCAAUUCAGGGAACGAGAUGAGUCGAUCAUUCAGACGCCUCGAGACCAAUCGUCUGCGCCUCCUUCGCCUACGACGGAUCCGGCAAUGACGCUUGCGCUGCACGAGUUGGGCAAUAGGUUGCAAGGAGUCAAUGUUCGCGAUGACGGUCCGUCCCCGUCUGCUUUGAGUGAUACUGAGGAGGGCAAUGCAUUGUCCCCACCACAACAGAAGGUAAAGGCGAGUCAAACGGCGUCCAAGGGGCUUAGUCCUCAACCUCCUCGCAGAGGUUCAAGCGGCAAUUCUGGUACGUCGUCAGGACAUGCUCUUCAGCCGACACCGCAGGUCAACAUGUCCUCUCUCAUGGCAGAAGCCACUCGUCCACCGACUAACGAAGAGAUCCCACGUCGACGCCUCUCGUCGUCGCUUUCUGGCGCCAGCAGGCCAGCAGGCCUGUCAGCACUCACCCCUGCUGAACCGACGCCGUCGAGCUCAGUAGCAGAUCACGGGCGAUCAGAAUUCCAGCCGCCCUCAAGACCACAGGCUUCCCGUGCCAACACCAAUGCAACAGUCAGAGGCGGCAGUAGCGGGCCAGAAAUGUCCACCUCGCCUCCAACGACGACAAUCAGCUUGGCCGCUCCUGGACCUCCCUCAAGAAGGGGAAGCGUAUCAGCAGAAGGCGGCUCUACCUCAGCCAAGUCCGCUCUGGGUCUCAACAGCAGCAGCGGUGCCGCCUCGUCAUCAUCUCCAGUCCCACAAUCGAGCAUCGACGGCACGGGUACACGAACUCCUGGCGCCUCUGUAGCUGGGAAAGCAGGCACGCUACAGCCUCUCAGUAUCAUUAGCGACUUGCAGGCCAGGCGCAAUCAAAUGUCGUCGCUCGCUCCUACGUCGACGCCUGGCGAUGCGGAGCGUCAUCAUCCUUUUGGUGGAGGGGCAGUCACGCCGCUGAGGGGAAGUCAGACGCCCGGUCAUGCGCCGAGACCGCCUGGUGCCGGACCUCACGGAUCGCAGACCCCUGGCCUUGGAAAGUCAGCUCAUUCUGCAUCGGUGAGCAGGCCUCAGCCUCCCUCCUUGACAAUGACCAAGUCGACGCAUGACGGUCCUCCACAGCAGCAGCAGCAGCAGCAGCAGAGAGGCAACACCAGCGGUAGCGGUGCAGUCACGACGGGCACGUCUACACCUCACUUGCCUUCCAUGAAGAGGCGCGGCUCAGAUGCUGGUGGCUACUUUGCGCCUCGACCUGCGUUGAGCCGCAUCGGCACGCAUACGAACAGUUCUACGACACAGGGUCGUGCCGGCGGCACGUACAACGACCACGGUCGAGGUGCCGCUCUCAGCGACGCCCCAGAAGACUCAGUGACAUCUCCCCCAGCCGCACCUCAGGCAGCUGGCGAUGGGCCAUCCUCAUCUACUCAGCCGGCACCUCGUGCCCCAAAGAAGGUCGUAGUCUCGUGCGCGAGCGGCGAAACCACCCCGUCGACGGGCACAAAUUCGCCAGUCAUGGAGCGCGUACCACUGCAUCGUUCUGGGAGGAAGCAGAGCACCGGCUCGUCUUCUUUUGUACGCUCCAGCUCACGACCACGUCUUGGCGGCAGCGGUGCAGGCGGGAGCGGAAGCAAUGCUAGGAGAUCAUCUACUUACUCAUCUCUGCGCUCCCGUCGUCUCUCCUCCGAUACUCUUUCCACCUUCACCGAGGACGUCGGGGUCGGCGACGAGAGUCCCGAGCAUUACGCCUCCCACUACCACGGUCAUCACGGUCACCACAGUCGCCAUCACACGGACGGCGAAGAGGACGUCGAGCUUCCUCCCUGGGAUUUCAUCACCAAUCCAUCCUCGAACGGAGGACUUUUCAAUGCCAUCUCUGCGCUUGCGGAUCAAAGGAAAUUGCGCGGCCCAAGAGGCGGGAAAGUCUUCGUUGGGACGCCCUCUAUUCAUGCUGAUGAGGAGUGGCUGAGCGCCAGGCACCGCAGGGGCAUCGCGCAGCGGUAUAGGAAUGAAAAGGCGUCAGUGCCUGUUUGGGUAAAAGGGGACAUCUUCCGUGGGGCCUAUGGAGAAUUUUGCAAGGGCAUCCUCUGGCCAACCUUCCACUACACCCUCCCCAGCGACAAGUCCCUCGAAAACGAGCACAGCGCUUUCGAAGCCUAUCGACAUCUCAACGAGCUCUUCGCGCGCAAGAUCGCCGAAGAGUGGAAAGAGGGCGAUAUCGUCCUCAUCAACGACUACCACCUCUUGCUGGUCCCGCAGAUGCUCCGCGACCUAGUGCCCUCGGCCACCAUCGGCUUGUUCGUUCACAUCGCCUUUCCAAGCUCGGAGCUCUUCCGCUGCCUCGCGAUGAGAGAGACCUUGCUGCGGGGCAUGCUAGGUGCUGACCUCGUGGGAUUCCAGACCCUCAAUUUCUGUAGGCACUUUAGGCAGACCGUCUCUCGCAUUCUGCAGUUGGAAGCAACACCAAAAGGAGUGCAGACAGAGACCCUCUUUACGACCGUGUCCUCCUUCCCAAUCGGCAUCGAUCCUCGCAAUCUCAACGCCAAACGCGCUGAUCCCGAGGUGACCGAAUGGGUGCAACGCCUCACUGAGCGCUACGAGGGAAAGAAGGUCACCGUGGGAAGGGAUAAGAUGGACUGGAUCAGAGGGGUGAGGCAGAAGCUGCUUGCCUUUGAGGUCUUCUUGAAUGAGCACCCGGAGUGGGUGGGUAGGGUGGUGUUGAUCCAGGUCGCGCUAGCGACCAACAACGAAGACAACGACGAGGCAGGCGAGGCCAACAAUGUCGUAUCGCGGAUCAAUUCCAAGUACUCGAGCUUGACUUAUCAGCCCGUCGUCUUCCUUCACGUCCAGGACAUCACCACCGCCCAGUACCUCGCUCUCCUCACGGUGGCGGACGCUUUUUUGGCCAACUCGCUUCGCGAGGGAAUGAACCUUACCACGCACGAGUACAUCAUCUGCCAGGAAGCCAAGCAGUCCCCCUUGAUCCUCUCCGAGUUCACCGGCACCUACUCGGCGCUGAGAGCAAGCAUUGGGAUCAACCCGUGGAACACGAAGCAGGUUGCUCACGCUAUGCACACGGCCUUGAGCAUGGGGAGGGAGGAAGCGCGGGCAAGAUGGGCGGACUUGCAUAGGACGGUGGUUACGCAGACCGCACUACAGUGGAUUACUUCGCUGCUGAGUCGACUGGAGAGAGCACAUCUGGAGCAGCAGCGAAGAGACAAUGCUUUCCUCCCUCGGCUAGAGGUAGGCACCAUCGUCUCCGAGUACCGAGCUGCCAAGACCCGCCUCAUUGUGGUGGAUCUAGAGGGCUCUCUUCUCCCCGGUGAGGGUGCCUUAUUCUUGCGGGAUGCAAAGGACUUCUGCGUGCCGCAUAGGGUGCUACAGACCCUGAGAGAGUUGACGGAGGAUCCGCGCAACUUCAUCUAUGUGUUGAGCGGGCUGAGCGCGGGCUUAUUGGACAAGUUGACGGAUGCUGUGCCUGGAUUGGGCGUGGUGAGCGAGGAUGGGUGCGCGAUCAAGCACCCGGAGGCCAUCGCUCCGCGAUCUCAACAGUCCACCGGCAGCACCACCGAUCCCGAGCACGGCAGGGAGGGCGAGCAGCACUCAGACGCCUCCCUUGCAAUCUCAGCCGAAUCCUGCAAGUCGAGCUGGACCAAUCUGACCGCAGGGCUCAACAAUAGCUGGAAAUCUUCAGUCACACAGAUCUUGCGCUACUUCUCUGAUCGGACGCCUGGAUCCAUCCUCAUCGACCGGGGGUCGAGCCUAUUCUUCUCCACUACGGACGGGCGUGGCCGUGAGGAAGGGGAAGAGACUUGCAUCGAAAAGGAACCAAGCCAUGCUACCAGAGCAAGACGUCGCUCCUCCUCGCAUCGCUCCCAGCAUACGCGCUCUCCAUCUCCAACAGCCUCCCCCUGCGGACAAUGGGCGGUCCCCCACUCCGGUGUUGCACACGACCUCAAUGCUCAAGAAUCUCAAUGGGCUCGGCGACAGCUUGCAGAGAUCAAUAAUCUCAUCUAUGACUCGUUGGGCUUCUCUCUCCGCAUCAUCCCAAAGGGUUCGACGCUUAGUGUCAUGCCGAAGAAUGUCAGCCGGGUGGGUGCCGUACAGCACGUCGUACAGCUACAGGCGAUGGGCUUGUUAAAUCGCGGACGCGCCGCCAAGGAGGGGGAUGCAGAUGAGGAAGAGGAGCUGAGGACCCAAGCGCAAGAUGGUACUAGGGCCUUCGAGCACGACAAUGCUUCUUCGUCUACGGCACAAAUGCUGUCCUCUGCUCGUCUCGACGCACUCGGUCUCGGCGGUGGUGGGCUCGGCUCGGCCAAGUGGGAUCACUGGCAUGACGGCACGCUCGCGACCGGGCAUCACCAGGCUGCAGGCUCCUCUACAGCAAAUGAACAGCCUCGCCUUGCUGCCGGUCCCAUCCCGACCCCUGCCGCCCUCGCGGGCUCCUUCGACCUCUGCCUUUACCUCGGCCGCGACGAACGCGUCAUGGCUUACUGCUCCUCGCUGGAUCUGCCAUUUGCCCCGCUCACCGUCACCUCUGCGCCAGAGAGUGAGGUCGAGGUGAGGGGUAGUGAGGCUGGCUUCUGCUUAGGAGAGGGGGAUCGCCAAGACGCAGCAGAGGAAGACGGUGAGGAGCAGGAUGGUGCUACUCUGGUGGAGAAGACUCUGCGCGAGCUGGCGGGCUUUAGGCGAAGGGAUGAAAGGUGGGGGACGGGCGGCCGAGCGGACGAAUGAAGGGAGAGGCCAUUUUGCGUGUCGUUGUGACUCUGCUCUAUGCAAACAAUUCAAUGCGCAUGCGAUUAGGAAGCCACGC